AUGGAGAAAAAAGAAGAGCCAAAGCUAGGAGGCGCAAGGGACCCCGAUACUCUCGAUAUUGAGCCAGGGACUACUGCUGUGGGGCAAACGGGGCACCUCAAACAGCCGCCAGAAUCACAACAUAUUGGGACACUCGACAGAAAGCUCAAGUCUCGCCAUGUACAAUUCCUAGCCCUCUCAGGUGCCAUCGGCACAGGUCUUUUCGUUGGCAGCGGCCAAGUCCUCUCCCUGGCUGGGCCCUUGUCAGCCUUCAUUUCGUACGCUAUCACUGGCUUCAACCUCUACUGCGUAAUCAACAGCCUCGGCGAGAUGGCAGCGUGGCUCCCGAUACCUGGAGCCGUGCCUGUCUUUGCGACGCGGUUUGUUGACCCGGCUUUGGGCUUUACGUUGGGAUGGAAUUACUGGUAUCAGUUCGCCAUCGGCGUCCCGAUAGAAGUCACCGUCUCCGUGGUCAUCCUCGACUACUGGGAUCAUGCCGUCCCGCAGGCAGCUCUGAUCACAAUCUUCUUCCUGGCUAUGGUCGUCGUUGACUGCCUGCCGGUCCGCAUCUACGGCGAGGCCGAGUUCUUCUUCGGUGCCAUCAAGCUCGCCACCAUCAUCGGCCUCAUUCUGCUCAUGUUCAUCAUCACUGUCGGCGGCGGGCCGAGCGGCGAGGUCAUCGGGUUCCGGUACUGGAGGGACCCCGGCCCGAUGAACGAGUACCUCCGAACAGGUGCUCUCGGUCGGUUUCUCGCCUUCUGGAAGGUUUUCAUCCAGGCCACCUUCUCCUAUGGUGGCAGCGAGAUGGUCGUUGUCGCAUCCGGCGAGACGGAGAACCCGCGACGUAACAUCCCCAAGGCGAUCCGCCGCGUGUUUUGGCGCAUCGCCAUAUUCUAUGUCCUCGCCAUAUUCCUCAUCGGGCUGUGCGUAUCGUCAGAAGAUCCCAACCUGCUCGACGCAAUCAGCAGCAGCGCCCCCGGCGCGGCCCAGAGCCCCUUCGUGAUCGCUAUCCAAAACGCGGGGAUCAAGACGCUGCCAUCCAUAAUUAACGGGGUCAUCCUGAGCUCAGCAUGGUCAGCAGGCAACUCCUUUUUCUACGCCUCGACGCGGGUACUGUACUCCGCCGCGCUCGACGGAAAGGCGCCUUCGGUCCUCAGAUUUGAGCGCUUCGGCGUGCCGUACGCCUGCGUCGCUGCCACGACGGCGCUGAGCUGCCUGGUGUACCUCAACGUCAACAACCGCGCCGCCGAGGUGUUCUUCUGGAUCAGCAACCUCAGCGCUGUGAGCACGCUGAUCGUCUGGGCCAGCGUGUGCUUCACCUACUUGCGCUUCUACCAGUGUCUAAAGUAUAACGGCAUCGACCGUAACACGCUGCCGUACAAGGCCCCAAUGCAACCGUUCCUCGCGUACUUUGCCAUCGUCUUUUGUCUGACUGUGGCCUUCUUCAACGGUUUCGACGCCUUCUUUCCGGGGCGGUUCAGCGCGAAAACGUUUCUGCCGCCGUACAUUGAUAUUCCGAUCUUUUUGGCCCUAUUUCUAGGGUACAAGUUUGUCAAAAAGACCAAGUUUGUGGAGCUGUCGGAGAUGGACAUUUGGUCCGGAAAGGCGGAGAUUGACCAGCUUGAGCCGACGUGGCCAGUCGUUCGGCCGCGGAAUUGGUUGGAGAGGAUCUGGUUCUGGAUCGCGUAG